GGCAUUUACAGAAAUAUAUGCAACAUGGAGGGCAAAGUUAUUGAGCUGUCAUAUUCUCUACCUAUCGGCCCGCUGUUUCCCCCUUUAUCUUUUUUGAGUCCUCCAACCUCGAACUUUAAGUUUUGUUUUUUUUAUGUUUUUCUUCUCAUUUGGCUUUUGACCGUUACUUUUUUCGCAACGUCUCUCUGCUUCUCUCUCUCUCUCUCUCUCUCUCAGUGAUCAAAGCUCCUUCUCUUAUUCCCGCCCGCAAUUACCAAGGUAUACUUCUCCACUGCAACCCAGUUUGUUCAUUUGUAUUAUUUUCUUUCUGUUUGUUGUAAAUUAUUCGUUAGAACAAUCAGCCAAAGCUGUGUUUUUUUUUUUUUUUUGAGUUUCUUGGGAAGCUGUUGUGCUUUCUUAUUAGCAUUUUCAGCACUAGAUUUAAUUUAAUUUUUCAAACUAUGAAAUGGGUUUUCCUUUUUGAAUUUCAAUGUUCAUGUAGGCUUGAUUGGCCUUCAUCCUGUUAAAUAAACCAUUUGAACUUUUCUGUUUCCCAAUUUUUGAAAUGGGUUCUCUGGCUUUUUGUUCAUAUGAGCUUUAGGUGAGCAUUAAGUCACUUUAAUACAAGCUCAAAAAAUUAAAUGGCUUCUCAUGUUUGUUGUUAGUAUUAAUUUGGAUCUCUUCAGAAAGCAUUAAUGAUAUAAAUUUCUUUGAUUUCCAAGAUAGAGCUUCCUUUUUUCUUCUCUAUUCAUGAGUUUUAGUUAUUUCCUAUUUAUUUUUGAAAUCUCUGUUUGUCAUAUCUGCAUAACAACAUAUUAAAAUUAGUUUUCUUUUCAAAAAAGAAAGAGGAAGAAAGGGUUUCUUUUUAUUUUCUCGCAAAAGUCUAAAACUUUGUUUUCCAGCUUCAUAUGAACAACUGAAAUAACAUUUCACAGAAGAUUUUAUUCAAACGUUUUGCUGUGCCCUCUCUCUCUCUCUCUCUCUCUCUCUCUCUCCCCCCCCCCCCCCCCCUUAUUCCUUUUGCUGUGCCCUUCUCUUAUUUUCUCUGAGUUUUUUUCCCUUUUCAUUUUCCUCUAUUUCUUGGUUUGAAUUAAUGUGACUGUCAUCUCAUCAUAAAAUUGUAAAUUUUGGAAACCUUAACCUUUAAGUGUUGUCCCAGAUAAUUUUUUUCCUUCUUAAAUUAGCAAAAAAAAAAAAAAACAAACUGAAUACUAUCCCAUUAUACACCAAUAAUGAAAGAUAAACCUUUCUGUUCAGGAUAUGGUAGGAGGUUCUUUUGCAAGUUGUUUCCUAGCCCAGUUCUAUGCUUUCUUCCCCAGCUUGACAAAAACUUAGUAGCUUAAUAGGCCUUUGUAGCAAUCAGGAUUUUAUAUAGUCGUGUGGGGUUUUGACAGAAUCUCAUCUUCCUGAUUGUGCAAGUUUGAGAUGUUCUGAAACCUUCCUUGUGACUUGAAUAUAAAGAAAAGAAAAAUUAUUUCCGGUUGGUUUUUCGUGCUUUGCACAUGUGAUUGUUCUUCAUGUUGGAGUGAGGUCACUGAAGUCCUCUACUGAUCAGCCUCAGGAAACCUUAUGAAUCUGGCGAGAAAUACACAAGACUACCCUUGUGAUUUUGGUUUUGAUUCAAGCCUGAAAAAUUCAUAGGGUGAAAGGAGAAGGUAAGAGGAAACUAGAGAUGGGAUGCUCUACAUCAAAGCUAGAUGAUGUGGAAGCAGUUCAACUUUGUAAAGAUCGAAAGAGAUUUAUUAAACAGGCUCUUGAGCAAAGAACACGAUUUGCCUCUGGACACAUUGCCUAUAUCCAGUCCCUAAAAAGAGUUUCAGCUGCUCUUCGUGAUUAUGUCGAAGGAGAUGAGCCUCGUGAGUUCUUGUUAGAGUCAUUCAUAACCCCACCUUUCACACCCAUUAAGAAAACAAGUCCUGGUUUUAUCUCACUUUCACCAAAAUCCUUCACACCUACACCAAUCCAAUCUGAACCCCAUUCAUCUGUGAAAAUAUGUUAUCUAAGAUCAGGAGGGAACCCAGCAGUUUCAGUUGAAGAGAGGCCUCAAUCACCAGAAACAGCCAGAGUUGAAACUUACUCUCCAAUCCACCAUUUUGGGAUGGAUGGGUUCUUUGGAAUGCAAUCUUCACCAAUGAAUUCUUCGUUCUUCUCUUAUUCCCCUAACAAUAGACCCAACAUCCCUCCGCCUUCACCUCAAAAUUCUCAAUGGGAUUUCUUUUGGAACCCAUUUUCAUCAUUAGAUUACUACGGUUAUCCCACUCGAAGUAGUCUUGAUCAGACAGUUAUGGAUGAUGAGAUUAGAGGUCUAAGGCAGGUCAGAGAAGAAGAAGGGAUUCCUGACUUGGAAGAAGUUGAGACUGAACAGGAGGAAUGUGAGAACGAGGCAAAUGUAGCACAAGAAAAGGAUAAAGUUGAUCUAAACUGCAACAGAGAAGAAGUUAUUAUUGAAGAUGUUAAUGAGGAAGAGGAGGAGGAGGAGGAGGAAAUGGAUAGCGGAACUGAAAUUGAGCAUGAUGCAAAAAUACCAUCGCAUAGUAGUGUGAGUAUAGAGGUGUCAAGAUCUCAGAAUACAAGACAAGUUGAAACUAGUAACCAAGCAACCGCUGUUGGUCACCGGGAAGCUAAGGAGGAAACGCCAGGCUUUACUGUUUAUGUAGACCGAAGGCCAACAAGUAUGGCAGAAGUUAUCAAGGUUUUAGAAACUCAGUUCAUGAUUGUUUGCAAUGCAGCCAAUGAGGUCUCAGCAUUGUUAGAGGCCGGUAGAGCAGAGUACUCGUCAACCUCCAACGAACUCACAGCCAUGAAAAUGUUGAACCCAGUAGCUUUAUUUCGCACAGCUUCUUCUCGCUCAGCCUCUUCCAGAUAUUUACUGAAUUCUUCGAGCUCUAAAGAUGAAGGCUAUGAAAGCAGUAGUGACAUCUCAGAGGAGGCCUGCAUGUUUACAGGUAGUCACCAAUCAACAUUGGAUAGAUUAUAUGCUUGGGAGAAGAAACUCUAUGAGGAAGUCAAGUCUGGAGAAAAGGUUCGGAUUGCAUACGAAAAGAAAUUGACGCAUCUCAGGAACCAAGAUGUAAAAGGUGAUGACUAUUCUGCAUUAGAAAAAACAAGGGCAGCCAUUAGAGAUCUGCAUACUCAGAUGAAGGUUUCAAUACAUUCGGUUGAAGCUAUUUCAAAGAGGAUUGAGACCUUAAGGGAUGAAGAAUUGCAGCCUCAACUUUCAGAACUGGUACAAGGGUUAGCAAGGAUGUGGAAAGUAAUGGCAGAGUGUCAUCGGUCACAGAAACGAAGCCUAGAUGAAGCCAAGGUUUUACUAGCAGGCACGCCUUCAAAACUGGAAGCUAAGAGACACUCUUCCAUUUCAAUUACUGAUCCAAACCGGCUAGCACGUUCAGCUGCCAAUCUUGAGACAGAGCUGAGGAAUUGGAGAGCUUAUUUUGAGUCAUGGAUCGCUUCUCAACGAUCCUAUGUGCAUGCCUUAACAGGGUGGCUGCUCCGUUGCAUGAGGGCUGAUCCUGAUACAUCAAAGUUGCCACUCUCUCCCCGUCGCUCAAAUGGUGCUCUUCCAAUAUUUGGAAUUUGCAUCCAAUGGUCAAGGUUUCUGGAUGCCAUACACGAGACACCGGUGCUGGAUGGACUAGAUUUUUUUGCAGCCGGUAUGGGGUCCCUCUAUGCACAACAGCUUAGAGAGGAUUCACGCCAUGUUAGGGUAGGUUCAAAGAGAUUCGGAGCCGGAACACCAGAUGAAUUUAGUGGGGAUAUGAAAAUUGUGGAGGUCGGUCAAGUUGAACAAGUAAUGACUGCAGACAAAAUGGCUGAGGUUGCUAUAAGGGUACUUUGUGCUGGAAUGUCAGUUACUAUGAGCUCACUGACAGAGUUUUCUAUUGCUUCUGCUGAUGGAUAUGCCGAACUUGUGAAUCAAUGGGACAACGCCAAGGCUUAGAGCUGCAAUGUAGUCUUCUGAUGUUUAUGGGGUAGUUUAGUGAUUAAUGGAUGUCAAUGUAAUUAUAAAUUAAUCUAUUUUGAAUAUUAGCAUAGAGUUGUUGCCACCUUAUCCCUUUUAGCUAGUGCCUAAAUCCUGAUAUAGCUGUGACUUCGCUAGAAGAGUAGAAAAAGAACAUUAAUUAUAACAUUUCGUCACAGGAAAGAUAAUCUGUACAUGCCAGGGUUCGGAUCUCUAUUCAUUGCUUUGGUAACAAAAGUUAGUCAAUAA